UAAAAAUAUGCGAGCUCUUUUUGAUGUCAUAGAAAAAAAGAAGAAGGAAGUUCAAGCAUUAAAAAAGGAUGGGCAAAAAUGGACGAGGAAGGCGGAUGAACUUGCAGAAGAACGCAAAAAAGCCGAAGAAGAUAUUGAACGCAACUUACAAAUAAAAAAGGUGAAAACAAACGAUCAAGUAAAGAAAAUUAGCUCUUUUUAUUCUGUAAAUGAAGAUGCAGAGGCAAAAAAACAUAAGGCAUAUAUAACCAACCUGUUUAAAGGUAUACCUGAUUCGGAAAUCAUCAAUCAAUUAAGGCGGCAUAAAGAACCGGCCACGAUUUUUGCAGAAACGCGUGAAGAUAGAAUUGAAAGGUUGUACCAAGCACAAGAAAAGGAAAACAUAGCGAAAAAUCAGCAAAACAUUUUUGUUGAAGCUAUUAUAGGAAGAAAAAACACUUCGCCAACGCAAUAUGACCUAUCAGAAUUUGAUGAUACACUCAAAGCAUGUAACAAUUUGCCGGAAACGACGAAAGAAUACAGAAUUGCAAGUUGGGUGUCAACUACGCUAAAUAAGUGGGAACAACAUAUUCUUUCACAAAGAGAAGAGUUUCUACAAGAAGGAAAUGUAGCAGAAGCAAGACGUAGAGAUGCAAUGCUUGCUCAAACCAAAAAGGAUCUUCAGCCUUUAAUCAAUAUGUUAAAAUCGCAAACCCUGGAGGAAGAAAUACUAGAAAAGAUGUAUAACGUGGUUAUAUGUUGUGAAAAAAAGGACUACCAAGCUGCCCAUGAGGCUUAUAUGCUCUUAGCUAUAGGAAAUGCAGCGUGGCCCAUGGGUGUCACCAUGGUUGGUAUACAUGAAAGAGCUGGACGUUCAAAAAUAUUUACAUCCGAAGUCGCUCACAUUCUUAACGAUGAAAAAACCCGCAAAUAUAUUCAAAUGAUCAAAAGAUUACUAUCUUUUGCACAAAACCAAUAGGAUUUCUG